CUCUGGCAGCUGGACUCAUAUCUACGGACUCUUCUCUCAGUUCCCUUCUCCCGCCGCCCAAGUUAGGUUGCCACAGGUCUCAGCAUCCCUUCUUGUGACUGUCCUGCUGUGCGACGCUGCUGCUUGAAGAAGUGAAGACUGGUUCUUCAUUCGUUUCUUCUUUCCAUAUAGGCUUUACACAGCAACAAAGCAAUAAAGAACGACUGGCAGCGUUGCCGAAGCCGCUGUCCCCGACCACCAUGGGUCUCGACGAGAAGAAGCGGCCACUGGCCCUGAACCUCACGCCUGCCCGCACCAUGUCCGCCAGCUCAGUUUCCACCACAGAUUCAGAUUCCACAUCAUCAUCACUAGCCAAGCCCCCAAGAACACCGCGGUUCGCCGAGGCAACCGCCGUCCACUCGCCCAUCGAGCCACGAAAGCUCCCAUUUUCAGAGAAGUCAGAGAUUGCUCAGGCCCAACCAGGGGAUGUCGGCUUUGGCUAUAUCGGAGCGGGAGCGAACAGGGAAUCGAUCGCUGUGCCCAUGACACCAAGGUCACCGUUGAAGAGCGCCAUGAAGGUGCCGGGGACGCCAGGCCGCGCGCUUCAAAACCCCAUGAGCCCAACGUUUUUAGAGGAGCAAGUGUUGGAGAAGAGGGAGAAGAUGACGGAGAAGGAGCAGGCUAGGGAUCUGAAAAUCAAGACACGGGUACGGUUGGCCAAGUUCGCUCUGCGUGGGGUGAACUUCAGCUGUAGUCUCAUCAUCCUGGCCAUGAUUUCGGCCUCCUUUUCCAUUUUCAACGCCACCAAGGCUUUGCCGGCCAUGAGCGGGUUCCCAGCGUGGGCUCACAACACCAACGCGUGGCCGCAAAAGGUGGUUCUCGCCUGCUCUUGUGUGUCGCUGCUCAUCUGCAUCGGCGUCUUCAUCGGCUACUGCCGCGGUGGACACCGCAGGGCCGAGAAGGUUGGCGUUUACUACACACUGUUCGCCGUCGGCUGGUUCAUCUUCAGCAUGGCCAUGUGGGCAGCGGCCGCCGGCAUCCUGCAGGUCUCGCGGAACAACAGCAACAACCAGGACAUCUGGGGCUGGGCGUGUGUCGAAAAUAAGCGGUCCCAGCUUUUUGGCGAUAAGGUCGACUACGCCCUCAUCUGCCGCCUGCAGGACUGGGCUUUAAUCUGCAUCAUCAUCGAGCUGGUAGUCGAGAUCAUCAGCAUCUCGCUCUACAGCGUGAUCUUUUACCGGUACUGGUCCAAGCGCAAGCUGCACAAGUCCAUGGACAUGCGCGACAAGGCCCGCUCCGACCUCUACCUCGCCCAGCUGCGCACCCAAUCGGCGCCGAACACCCCCGGCUUUGGUCCCAAGUCGCCCGCCUUUUCCCAGUAUGCCCUCUCCCCGCGCUUCCCGCCGUCCACCUACAAGUCACUUGGCGACAUCGAGGAGGAUAACGCGUCGCCCUUCACCCCGGGUGGUAAGGGACUCAUCAUCCCGCAGUCCACGUUCACCGCCAAGCAGAGCUCCUUCAAGCUCCAGGCUCCGCCUACCAAGGCCAACCCAGCCACUCCCGCGACUCCCAAGGCCGGAUACAAGCCGCCUACCGCGGCCGACCUGUCGCCAACAACCACCGUGGCUCCUGACCUUGCAGCAACUGCUGUAAAGUUCAACGAGCCUGCGCCGAUGGCCGAGGGCGAGCAACAAUACGAGGCUGUCCCGAUUCCCGGGGCGUAUGCCGGUCAGGCCAUCAAGAGCCCGCCGCCGGUGCGGACAACCUUCCAUUAAUUACGCCCGCAAAGAAAGCUGGGCGUGUAUUGCAUAAGCGCGUCACACUCGUUCGCAAUUAUUCGUUUCUUAUCUGCGUGUAGGCUGCUGGCUUUCA